AUGACCAACCCCAGUCUUCUAGAGCUACCCCGAGGGGUCCAGCUCGUGUAUCUCGCGGAAGGCGGAGCCAAUGUCAUCUAUCGCUUUGUCGCCGCCCCAAUAAAAUCAACACUCGUCGUGAGGGAACCCAAAAGACCGGCCUCGGUCUCCUCUAUUGUGAUCGACGAACCUAGUGUGCCUCCCGGGUUCCAAGGAAAAUUGCUUCGUCUCCGCAAGAAGACGGCUGGCGAUAUAUCAUAUAAAGAAAUCAAUCGCAAUUUCAAUACCAUCGUGCGCCCUUUAUUCAGACCUGAGGAAUUAGUCGAUCAGUCUCUCAUUCUUCUUCCGGGGGGCCUCAUUGAGCGGUGUAAUGAGCAGCUUAGUGCGGCUGAACUGAACGGGCAACGCCCCAAAAAGCGGUUUGGCGGAUAUCUUUGUGCCGAUGAGCCGUUCGGUUUACUUAUUACCGAUAUGACGACUUUUGAUGAGCCCGGUGCUACGCUGGCGGAACUGAAGCCCAAGUGGCUUACACAGUCUCCUUCGGCGCCUUCUAUGGCGCGUCGGUGUCGUACUUGUGCUUUGAGAGAGAUGAAGAAUGAUUCUGCGCGGUCUAUAGGUUCGAAAGAGCAAAUGUCAUUUUGUCCUCUAGAUCUUGUAUCUGGCUGCUAUGAAGAUGUCCUGGGUGCUACGGCUUUUAUUAAGGGUUGCAACGACCGGGCUCGACUGGCGCGCAUUUUGUUCCACAAUCCAGUUCUUCAUACACUACGAGCUCAGCAGACAACGUGGGCGCAGGUGGGCUUGCUUGGACCGCCAGCUUUAUCGCAAAAGUCUUCCCUUGACAUGACUCUACGGGACUGUACAAUGUUUAUUAAGAUUCCACAUGACGAGAACUCCCCCGUUGAGAUCCGCCUGGGGGACUUAGACUUGAAGACAGGUGCCGGAGGAAAAGCCACCUACUGGAGGAAAAUCGAAAUGCAGCUUCUUGAUGGGGGCUGGUAUCUUGGGUCCAAUAGCAGUCAGGAUCCCAGUGAAUGUGCCCUGCAGUAUACAACCCAAUAG